CGAGUGAAGAACGGAGCUAUCGAUACAUGGCUGCUCUCAAACUGUUAACGGCUCUGAGAAGGGCCACGCGCUUCACUCAGAAUUUCGAUCAACGUCGCGUGGCAUGUGAACUCGAUGCGUACCAACGUCGAGGAUUCAGCACGCGCAAGACGAUCAAUUUAAACGAUGUUGACGCCGAGACCAAGCCGAAACAGAAACCGAAGACGGUGCCGGUGCCAAAGAUCACGUUAUUAUUACCGGAUAACUCGAUGACAGUGACCGACAUGGAGCACGCCCUUCGUAUGGCGACGCGCCGGAAAUUCAACCUCGUCAAGGUUAGUGAUUCUGAUAACAAAACGCACCGGGCUACCUACAAGCUUAUGAGCAACUCGAUUGAGGACAUAGAAAUUCCUCAGAAUAGCAUCAAUGUUCAACAGAAGUCUAAGACCUGUAAGCUGCUCUACAUAAAUGCAAACAUCGCCAAGCAUGAUCUGCUAACAAAAAUGAAGAAUAUUGUGAAACUGUUGAACAAGGGUAACAAAGUUAAGAUUUGCAUUACUCUGAAUGACAUCAAGGAGGAUGAUAUACUGGGCAUCAUAACGGAAGAGAUAAAAAAUAUUGGUAGUAUUCAAAAAUCGCCAUCUAAAAAGAACACGGCCUUACUCUUAAUAACUCCUUUAGAUAAGAAGGAUGCGAAUAAUCCAACAGACAAUAAAGAAGCUGCGUCUGCUGCGUCUAGUAGUACAAUUAGCCAAAAUGAUAACGCAUAAGAUUUCUGGUCGAUCUCUUAGCGAAUUAUAUAAAUACAGAUUAUACAUAUAUAAUAACGAUAAAAUUCACAUCUCUUUCUCAUGUCCCAUACCUGGAAAGAACGAAUUUGAUAUGCAUUUGCGGCAAAUAAGAACAACGUACAGUAUACUUAAUUAUAGCGAUUAUCUUUAUUAUGAAUAAUAUAUUAUAAUAUAUUAUAAUGCCUUUACAAAAGAAUGACGUUUAAAUCGUUUCUUUCUUUGUACCAUACAUCUACACGAUUUCGUUUAUUGUCAAUGAAGAGUGAAGAAAAUUGUGUGUCAAGGAAACUUCUCGUUAUGUGCUAAACGAACGGCUUACUAUCUAUUGAUAUGUCUACGUCGCGUUUUACAGUCGUGGCUUUUUAAAGUAACGUGUGUGGUUUCUCAGUUUCCAAACUGAAGCUAUUACAAACUUUGGUCUUACGUUGAGAUCUGUAAUGUAUGAUAAAUGCUACGAAUAUGAUACGCGCACAUGCAAGCAAACGUUAUCGUUAUGCGAGUGGUCCUGCUCGCGUCUCACCCCGCGCUGGAAAGGAGCGGCUUCAUUUCUCACUUAACGUAACGUUACCACGUCGCGAAUUAUUUCGCUUUUUAUCUUUUUUUUCUUUUUCCCCUUGACGGUUUGAAUCGACAUCAUCAGAUGCGAUCAAAUGACAUCGAGAACGCGCGAGACGCGAUAAUUUGCCUUCAUCUUUCGUGAAAAAGAAAGGAAAAAAAACUAGACGAGUGUCGUUAUUGCGAGUGAUAUUGAUGGCAAGUGGUUGGUCUUCUCGUUUUCUACGCACGACCGGCGCGUUGGAAUGCAAUGGAAAUCGAUUUUGUCUUAAAUUAACACCAUGUCGCGUGAAUAACGUCGUGUGUUGUUUUUUAACUGUGAGUUAUGUGAAGCAAUUGUAUAUUGUAUACGUCGUCGUGUUAAAUCUGUAUCAACGGGUAUCGACACGACGAAUCGAUAAAUAACGCGACAGCGUUAUUAUUAUUCAUGGCACGACUUUCCUGUGCGUAAUAAAUCACACUGGAGGACA